AUGACUGAGGACGCAGAAGUGGAAGUCAACCUGUCUCCGACCUCCAAGUCUGAGCUACAGGCUCCACAUUUUCUACGAGAUGUUAUCUUCCAUGGCAAGUUUAAGCUGCUGAAGGCUCUAACCCCAGAGGAAAACACCCAUUGUCAGCACGGCCUCUACUUCCAGGACGGUCAGCGGCGUGUUGACUACGUCCUCACCUACCAUGUGAAGAAGCCAGGUGGGGGCCGCUCCUGUCGACACUCAGCACACCUGCUGACGGAAAAUGCUGUUGCCCGCAGCCUACGACGUGUCCCCCAUGCCCGUGACGAACGUCUUCGACGUAACCAAGUGCCUAGGCCAAAAGACUUGACAUCAGCCGGAGCUGACGUGGAGCUGGGCUGUCCUGGAGAGACAUUUAAUGGCCAGGAGGAUCACAAGGCCUUCAGGAGGGAGGAGUUUGAGGGGAAACUGAGAGAUAUGGGGCUGGAGCUGGAGAAAGAUGAUACCAAGAUUCCAGGCGUGGGUUUUGUGAAGAUUCAUGCUCCCUGGAAGAUUCUCUGUCGAGAAGCUGAGUUCAUGAAGCUAAAGAUGCCCACUAAGAAGGUGUAUGAAGUCAAGCAGUCGAGUGGUGUCAUGGAGAAGAUCAGCUCUCUGGUCAGUAAAGCUCUGGAGCCUCUCCACCCUCAUGUUGAGGAACAUCAACCCAAGAACAUCAAACAUUUGUCACACACUUUCUCCAGAGAAAAACAACACCUGUUUGACUUUUCAGACAAAGAUUCCUUCUUUGACAGCAAAACCAGGAGUUCUAUAGUUUUUGAAAUACUAAAAAGAACAAAAUGCAAGGCCAAGUACAGCAUGGGUAUCACCAGUCUUCUUGGUAGCGGUGUCUAUACAGCAGCUUACCCUCUUCAUGAUGGGGAAAUAAAUCAGGAGAGUGCAGAGUCCAAUGAUAGAAAGCUUUUGUAUGAGGAGUGGGCAAACUAUGGUGUCUUCUACAAGUAUCAGCCUAUCGGACUUGUUCGAAAGUACUUUGGCGAGAAGAUUGGGCUGUACUUUGCCUGGUUAGGCCUGUAUACCCAGAUGCUGAUUCCUGCCUCUCUAGUCGGGGUCAUUGUCUUUCUCUAUGGAUGUGCCACAGUUGAUGACAACAUACCAAGCAUGGAGAUCUGCCAUCCAAAGAACAACAUCACCAUGUGUCCUCUGUGUGACAGAGUGUGCAGCUACUGGAAACUGAGCACAGCCUGUGGGACAGCUCGGGCCAGCCACCUGUUUGACAACCCUGCCACUGUUUUCUUCUCUAUAUUCAUGGCUCUGUGGGCUGCCAUGUUCAUGGAGCACUGGAAGAGGCUGCAGAUGAGACUGAACUAUGAAUGGGACCUGACGGGGUUUGAAGAUGAGGAGGACCACCCCAGGGCUGAAUAUGAAUUCAAGGUGAUGCAGAAGUCUAUGUGUAAAGAUAGGAAAUCCCCACACAAGGUGGAAAAGCUCACCUUUCGAGACCGCCUUCCUGCCUACAUGACUAAUAUUGUCAUGAUGCUUUUGAUGAUUGGUGUUACAUUUGCCAUUGUGUUUGGUGUGAUCCUCUACCGGAUCUCCACCAAAGCUGCUCUCCACAUGAGUUCCAAUCCCAUUACACGAAACCAUGUACAACUGACAGUUAAAACCACCGCAGCCAUCAUCAACCUGGUGGUCAUCCUCAUACUGGAUGAGGUGUAUGGUGCUGUGGCACGAUGGCUCACUGUGUUAGAGGUUCCUAAAUCAGACAAGAGUUUUGAAGAACGACUCAUCUUCAAGACCUUCAUCCUGAAGUUUUUCAACGCUUUCACCCCCAUCAUCUAUAUUGCUUUCUUCAGGGGCAGACUGGUAGGCAGGCCAGGCAGCUACCUGUAUGUGUUUGAGUCCUACAGAAUGGAAGAGUGUGCUCAUGGAGGCUGUCUGAUGGAGCUGUGUAUCCAGCUGAGUAUCACCAUGUUGGGAAAGCAGCUAAUUCAGAACAACCUUUUUGAAAUUGGAGUACCCAAGCUGAAGAAGUUGAUUCGCUACAUUCGGUCAAAGCAAGGUGCUUUUCAGGAGGAAGAGAGAAAGAAGAAGCUGAUGAGAUAUGAAAUAGAUCACUUUCUGGAACCAUUUGCUGGGUUAACACCAGAAUAUAUGGAAAUGAUCAUCCAGUUUGGUUUUGUUACCUUGUUUGUGGCGUCCUUCCCGCUGGCUCCACUCUUUGCUCUUCUCAACAACAUCAUUGAAAUACGACUUGAUGCAAAGAAAUUUGUGACAGAGUUGCGGAGACCAGUAGCAGCAAGAGCCAAAGACAUUGGUAUAUGGUACAACAUACUUAGAGGAGUGGCAAAAGUGGCUGUCAUCAUCAAUGCAUUUGUUAUCUCCUUCACCUCAGACUUCAUACCUCGGAUGGUCUACCAGUACAUGUACAGUCCAGAUGGCUCCAUGCAUGGAUUUGUCAACAAUACGCUGUCCCAUUUUAAUGUCAGCCACUUCCAGGACGGCAAAGAACCUAUGGAUCCAUUGCAACUUGGCUACCCUGUUGAGAUUUGCAGGUAUAAGGACUACAGAGAACCUCCUUGGUCAGCCACUCCAUAUGAGAUCUCCAAGGAGUUUUGGGCGGUGCUGGCUGUGCGACUGGCCUUUGUUAUUGUUUUCCAGAAUGUUGUGCUGCUGAUGAAUGAUGUUGUGGACUGGCUAAUUCCAGACAUCCCUAAAGACAUCAGCCUUCAGAUCCACAAGGAGAAGAUUCUAUUGGUAGACCUCUUCAUGAAGGAAGAGCAGGGGAAGGUCCUUAUCCUUGAGAGCAGAUCCUCUACAGGAGGCAAGGAGAACUGCAGCGGUAGCAACAACAACAACUGCACAAUGGCCCACCCGCGCUCCGGACUCCUAAACAACAACACUAUGAGCUUCUAAUGCUCGUAACAGUGAUUUCUUAGUACAGUCUUAGUUAGCAAGUCAAAGCUUGCUAGCAGCCUGCUUGCUCAGGCCAACCUAAACUCUUUGUUUUUGUUCUUGUUCGAAACAUUCCUUCAACUGGGAGAUUUGCUGGCUGAUGAGGUGUAAGGAAAAUGGGGCCAAAUGUGUUGCAGUGUGUGUGGAGUGCUAUCAAACUCAAAACUACUUCGUACAUAUACAUUUGUGAAAUUGUACAACAAUCUCCAAAAGUGUAAUCAGUUUUGUGAAUGGAAAUCUUUAAAUGUGUACACAAGCAUUUUUAUUGCAAAAUAUUUUUUAUUGCAAACAGUAUUAGAGAACAUAGAAUGUGGAUAUAUAAUUUAACAUAGAAGGGUAUCAAGGCAUGCCAUUUCUGUUUUAACAGAUUUUAUUCAACCUCAAUCAAAGGCCAUCAGAAUAAUUGGAUGAGGUUGUUGAUGUUAUACCCAUCAUGCUAGAAAAUACACAUCAUAUAUAUCCAUCACAGGGCUGACACAAACAACCAAUUACACUCACAUACACAUUUACAAAUAACCUGCAUUUCUUUGGAGUGUUAAAUGAGUGUUGAAAUUGAAUGGGUAUUUGGCUUUAAGAGCUGGAAAAAAGAGUACUUCACCUCCAUCUCAGUUACACUUGUUUCUUGACUGUUUUCUGAAAUGUUUUUUUUAUGCAGUGUAGAGAACUGCACCAUGGGAAGCAUCCGAAACAAUGAUGCUGUGGAGCUACAGAAGCCACUGCACUGUACCCAACACCUCUGGUACAAAGAAACAGGGCUUAGCCAGGUUUUCUCUACUUUCCAUCUGUCGAGGAACUGCCAGCGUGAUAGGAUUAUUAACUUUGUACCUGAAAUCUGUUUUUGACAAUCUAAAAAUGACUAAAGCAAAAUGGAAUCAACAGUGUUUCUUCUAAGUAAAUCAGAUUUUUAUAACUUAUUACAGUAGUUUACCAUGUUUUGUAUUUUAUUGUUGAAGGCAAGAUAGCAAUUUUCUGGUUUCUGUAAGCAAAUGUAUAUGAAACUUUAAAGCCUGAUUUAUUAUUAUUUUGAAAAUGCUAUACCGACGGUUAUGGAACUGGUAGCUAUGUAAGGAUAAGAUAAAUAACCUGAACUGGAUUAAUCUUU